CUUUCCUCUUCACAGAAUUGUGGUAGUCUUAGAUUCCUGUUGAGACCGCCGGCAUCACCUCGCGUAGCAAAGUCGCUAGUCCUUGAGGCCAGUCCGCAUAUUAUGGCUUAUUGGUUAUAGUUGUAUAUUUCCUAGCACAAAAUGUCUGCUUCAGCCGCACUGGGCAAGGUCGUAGGCCCAGGGGACAAGGUCUUAGACAUCCCGUCACAGGGAACGCUACGUCUUUCCGCUGGGCUUACAACACAUGAGGGCGGUGUAGUUUCCACGAAAGGCGGCAUCCUAAAAUCAACGCGGACUGGCCAGCUGUACUUAGAAGGAAGGCAAAAACGGUACAUCCCAGCGGAAGGAGACGUGGUAGUCGGGGUUAUAGUCGACAAGCACUCUGAGAACUUCACGGUAGACAUCGGCGGCCCCUUCAACGCCGUCUUGCCACAGCUCUCCUUCGAGGGGGCCACGCGACGCAACCGACCCAAUCUCCACCCAGGGGAUCUCGUAUACGCGCGUGUCGUACAAUCGCACCGUGACACGGACCCGGUCCUUUCCUGCGUGGACGGCGCCGGCCGUGCCGCAGGCUUUGGCCACCUAAAGGAGGGCACAGUUAUCAACUGCUCCUCCUCGCUAGCCCGCCAACUGCUGGCUAGUCCUACAGCGCCUGUACUGGAGGCCCUCGGAUCGGGUUUGCAGUUUGAGUUAGCGGUUGGGUUGAAUGGCCGGGUAUGGUUGACGGCUGCCACCGCAGCUACAUGCGUGGUGGUGGCGAAUGCGAUCCUGGAGAGUGAGUUUAAAACGGCAACGCAGGUGCGCACGAUGGUUGCGCGCUUGCUAAGUCGCUUGGGGUGAAGAGGAGGCGGACGGGUUUAGGCUGGGGAAAAGGAGGGCAACGCAUAGGGGCGCAAGGUAGUUGCGGACGCUGAAGGAAUGGUAGUACGGGUAUGCUUGGUGUGGACGAGGAGGGGUAAAGCGAUGCACCGUAACCGUAUGGCUGUUGUGGAGACUGCAUCCGUGGAUGGUUCGGGAGGGGUGGCAGGGCUGGAAGGUGGGAUAAGGUGAGGCCCGAAACGGGCAGACGGAGGACAUGGGAACAUGGCGCUCAUACGGAAUGGGCACAGGUGGAUAGUGGCUGGACCAGGACACUGCGUACCGGCAAUAUGCACAGACAACGCAGGUCCAGCUUACCCUGUGCGUAAGCUUCGGCGACACAGUGGCCUUACCGGGCCCUGCAUGGCGCAAGAUGUAGCACGGCUUGUAUAACGAAACACG